AUGUCCAAGGUUAUGCGGAGCGUUAAAAAUGUGACCAAGGGGUAUUCUAGUACCCAGGUCAAGGUUAGAGAAGCCACGAGCAAUGAUCCAUGGGGCCCAACUGGAACGCAAAUGAGCGAAAUUGCUCAAAUGACCUUCAACACUUCGACCGAGUUUUACGACAUCAUGGACAUGAUUGACAAGCGCCUGAAUGACAAGGGGAAAAACUGGAGGCAUGUUCUCAAGGCCCUCAAAGUCCUUGACUAUUGUCUUCAUGAAGGCUCAGAGCUUGUUGUUACCUGGGCCCGCCAGAGCAUUUACAUUAUCAAAACUUUGCGGGAAUUUCAGUACAUCGAUGAAGAGGGCCGAGAUGUCGGCCAAAAUGUGCGGGUGGCUGCAAAGGAAUUAACAUCUCUUAUUCUGGACGAGGAGAGACUGCGUGCUGAACGAAGCGACAGAAGGACAUGGAAGUCUCGCGUGACCGGAUUGGAGGAAUAUGCACCGCAUCAUGCCGAGCCGCCUUCGCCGCGCCGAGCUCGGGAGAGACGAGUGCAAGUUUCCGACGAGGAUGACGCCGAGUACCGAUUGGCCCUGGAGGCUAGCAAGUAUCAGGAAGAGGAAGACAGAAAAAGGCGCGAGAACCGAACGGAUGAUGAGAACGAUGACGAUCUUGCAAAAGCUAUCAAGCUAAGUCAAGAGGAGGACGAAAGACGGCGCCGAGAAUUGGAGGAGAGCAAUGCUGCAAGCUCACUCUUUGACGUUGAAACUCCCCAACCCUCCAGCUCAAAGCAGGUUCAGUAUACUGGAUUCAACCAGGGCUAUCAACAGGGUAAUCAGGUGGAUUUCUUCGCGAACCCCAUCGACCAGAAUCACAUGAUGAGCCAACCCACAGGUUUCAUGAAUAACGCCUAUACUGGAUUUCAGCAGCAACCUCAGCCUGCCGCCUUUCAGUCCGGCUACAACCAAUCCUUCGCUGUUCAGCCAACCGGGCUAGGCAUGGAUUCGUAUGGGCUGCAGCAAAAUGGCACGGCCAACAUGAUGGGUUUCCAACCGCAGGCCACCGGAUACAACCCAUAUGCCCAACCCCAGCAGAUUCCUCAGCAACAACAGCAACAGCCUUCUGAACUCACCCCGCAAGCAGGAAACAACAAUCCUUGGGCAACUAACAAAGCUCAGCAGCAGUCAUUGAUGCCAACACCAACCGGCUCCAACAACCCAUUCGCACAGAACCGUCCCAGUUCUACGAAACCGACUAUUCCCAGCCUUGGGACUCUGCCGGAGCAAAAGUCUCUUACCGACUUCAGCAGCCAGAAGCAGCAGCAGCAGCAGCAGCCGUCCGUCAAUCCUCCCCAGAAACAAAUGAGUGACUACCAAAGCAGACUGAAUAAUCUGUUGGCAACGGGAGACGGUAUGGAUACGUAUGGCAACACCGGGGAGCUUCGGAUUCCUGCACAGCACACAGCUCCUGGACAGUUUGCCAACAGCGCCGGUUCCGGUGUUCAGCGGCUUGGUGCUGAUGUGACUGGAAACCCUUAUAUGCGCCAACAGUUCACAGGCAUGCCCAGCGUGACGUACGGCAGCCAGCCUACCAAUGGGCAGGGGAGCAAUAACCCUUUCGGCCCUCGGCCACAGCAGGCAAACAGUUAUAACCAAGAUCUAAUCCAAUUCUAG